AUGCAUUUCCGCGGAUCCUCCAUCUACUUUGGCGUCGUUGCUCUGUCCUCGACUUCGGCUGUCCUUGGCGCUGUUGCUCCCUACGGACAAUGCGGCGGCAACGGCUUCCAGGGCGAGACCGAGUGCGCUCAAGGCUGGUCUUGCGUCAAGUCCAACGACUGGUACAGCCAGUGUGUUAGCGGCGGUGGAAACGCCCCGGCUCCUCCUGCUGGUACUGGCGCUGCGCCUGCACCUUCCAGCGUCGUUGUCGUUCCUUCUGCCGCACCUGUUCCGUCGGUGAACGCUACCGAGCCCGUCGCCUCCCCAGUUCAGGUUGCUCAACCUGCAGCCACCAGCGCUGCUGCUGCUGCCCCGGGCGGUGCCAACGGUUCCAUCCCUGAUGUCGCUGGAAGCGGCGCCAACGGUGCCAAGUGCUCGCUCGACGCUGCUUUCAAGUCACAUGGCAAGAAGUACCUUGGUGUCGCUACCGACCAGGGCGCGCUCAGCAAGGGAAAGAACAAGGAGAUCAUCGUCGCAAACUUCGGCCAGGUCACUCCCGAGAACAGCAUGAAGUGGGAUGCCACCGAGGGCACCCAGGGCAAGUUCACUCUUGACGGUGCCAACGCGCUCGUCAGCUUCGCCACCGAGAACAACAAGCUCGUCCGCGGCCACACUACUGUUUGGCACUCUCAGCUUCCUACCUGGGUUUCUUCCAUUACCGACAAGACCAAGCUCGAGGAAGUCAUGGUUGCCCACAUCAAGAAGCUCAUGUCCACCUACGCCGGCAAGGUCUACGCUUGGGACGUAGUCAAUGAGAUCUUCAACGAGGACGGUUCUUUCCGCUCUUCCGUCUUCUACAACGUUCUCGGCGAGAACUUUGUUGCUACUGCCUUUGCUACUGCCAAGGCUGCCGACCCAGAGGCCAAGCUCUACAUCAACGACUACAACCUCGACAGCCCCAGCUACGCCAAGACAAAGGCCAUGGCCAGCAACGUCAAGAAGUGGGUUGCUGCCGGUGUCCCCAUUGACGGUAUCGGCUCCCAGUCCCACUUGUCUGGCAGCUGGCCCAUUUCCGACUACCCCGCUGCCCUCAAGCUUCUCUGCGAGUCUGCUCCCGAGUGCGCCAUGACUGAGCUUGACAUCAAGGGUGGUGCUGCCGCUGACUACAAGACUGCUGUUACCGCUUGCUUGGACGUUGAGAACUGUGUUGGUGUCACCGUCUGGGGUGUUAGCGACACUGACUCUUGGAUCGGUGCUGCUGCUACCCCUCUGCUGUUCGACGGUAGCUUCAAGGCCAAGGAUGCGUACAACGGCCUCUGCUCCGCUCUUGCUUAG